GAACUUCACCCCAGAGAUAAAGGAGAAAGAGUUGUCAGACAGUUUGAGAGUGCAUGGCAGAAAGAGCUGGUCAAUGCCAGAAAAAAGAAAAGAAAAGUUGAAGGAAACAGUGUUAGGAACAAAACAAAUGAGAAAACAAAAUUGAUACGCUAUAGUAGUUUUACCAAAUUCAAAGCUCAAGAUGAUAAAAAAGAAAAUAACGAUAUCUUACCUGCUUCUUUACUCAAGUCAGUUGAUUAGCUACACCAGUAACAAACAAAAGUAUCAGGAGAAUGACCAAGAAUGGAAAGGGUAUGUUUACGCGUGCUCCUUCUUCGUUGUUUCCACUGUGGGAUCCAUAAUGUUUAACCAGAAUUCACAUAUUGGUAUGACUUUAGGAAUGAGGGUCAAGGCUACACUUAUUGCUGCAAUUUACAAAAAGAGUCUUACAGUAAGCAAUGAAGCCAAGAAGGAAACAACAGUUGGGGAAAUAGUCAACCUGAUGUCUGUAGACUGUCAGAGGAUGCAGGAUGUUACAGGGUACCUGUGGAUGCUUUGGUCAGCCCCAUUACAGAUAACACUAGCCCUGUACAUGUUGUGGGAUGUAAUGGGCGUGGCUACACUGGCAGGUCUAGGUGUGAUGAUUCUACUGAUGCCAAUCAACGGUCUCAUAGCCAUGAAACAAAGGAAAUAUCAAAUCAGUCAGAUGAAGUUCAGAGACCAGAGAAUAAAACUCAUGAGCGAGGUCCUUAGUGGGAUCAAGGUGCUAAAACUGUAUGCUUGGGAGAAAUGUUUCCAGGGUAAGGUGGAAGAAAUCAGAGGAAAAGAGCUGGCCCUUUUGAAGAAAACAGCCUAUUUAAACGCAAUCUCAACAUUUUUUUCUACAACUGCACCUUAUAUGGUAACCUUGGCAACCUUUGCCACCUAUAUUCAGGUGUCUGACUCUCACUACUUGGAUGCUAACAAGGCGUUUGUUGCCCUGACUUUGUUCAACAUCCUGAAGUUUCCUGUCAGCUUACUGCCAACAAUUGUAACCUUCAUGGUCCAGGCCACUGUGUCAUUAAAGAGAAUAGAAAAGUUUCUCAGACAAGAGGACCUGAACUUUGGCUGUGUUCAAUUUAACUCUAGUGCUAAAGAUGCUAUAAAAAUAAAACAAGGAGACUUUACAUGGGACAAAACACAUUUUAUUCCAACCUUAAAUGACAUAAACCUCUCAAUACCUGAUGGUCAGCUGAUAGCUGUAGUUGGUCAAGUUGGUGCUGGGAAAUCAUCACUUAUUUCAGCCAUUUUGGGAGAGAUGGAGAAACUGCAAGGGGAAGUUACUGUGAAGUCCAGCAUAGCCUAUGUACCCCAACAAGCUUGGAUCCAGAAUGCCACACUCAAGAAAAAUGUUCUCUUUGGUAAAGACGAGGACCACAAGGUCUAUGAUGAAGUACUGGAGGCCUGUGCCCUCAAACCUGACCUGGAGAUUUUACCUGGGGGAGACUUGACAGAGAUUGGUGAAAAGGGCAUUAACUUGAGUGGUGGCCAGAAACAGCGUGUCUCAAUGGCCCGAGCUGUCUACAGUGACGCAGAUAUUUAUUUGUUAGAUGACCCUUUGAGUGCUGUUGACUCACAUGUUGGAAAACAUAUUUUUGAAAAGGUCAUGUCAUCAAAUAAUGGCUUGUUGAAAAAUAAGACUCGUGUUCUGGUGACACAUGGAGUUCACUGGUUACCUCAAGUGGACAAGAUUGUCGUCAUGACAGAUGGCAGAAUCUCUGAGGUCGGGUCAUAUGAACAGCUGUUGUCACAAGAUGGGCCGUUUGCUCAGUUUUUGAAGACUUACCUCACACAGGAGGUGGAGGAGGCUGAAGAUCCUGCAGUCAAAUCACAAAUUUUCACUGGGGGUGAACCAAAUACCAGCUCACAUAAAGAAAAAGAUGUGAAGGAAGCGGUCAAGACAGACACAAAGAAAUCUAAACCUGGAACAGAACUGACUGAGGAAGAAAAGACAGAAACAGGAAAGGUCAGGUACUCUGUUUUCUUGGUGUACUUCAAGGCUAUUGGCUAUGCUGCAACCAUUUUCUUCUUCACAUUUUUUGCUGGCUACCAAGCGGUCAAUGUUUACUCCAGUAUCUGGUUGUCAGACUGGACAGCAGACGACAUCCUGACCAACAGAUCACUGUCCAACACUAGCCAGUACCAGGAUAGAAAUGACUUGUAUCUGGGUGUUUAUGGUGCACUGGGAGCUGGACAAGCAAUUCUCAUCCUGUUCUACUCCAUCAUCGCCUCCAUCCGCAUGGUGCGCACUGCAGGAUCCCUUCACAACGGCAUGCUGGGAAAUGUCCUGCGAUCUCCCAUGUCCUUCUUUGACACCACCCCCUCAGGUCGAGUGGUGAACAGGUUCUCUGGUGAUGUCGAGACAGUGGACAACACCCUGCCCCAGCUCUUCAGGAGCUGGAUGAAUUUUUUCUUCACAACCAUCAACAGCAUCGUCGUAGUCAGCUACAGCACACCUGCAUUCCUGCUGGUUAUUGUACCUGUAGGGGUAGUGUACUACCUGGUGCAGAGGUUCUACAUCCCAACAUCCAGACAGUUGAAACGUAUUGAGUCCAUCACAAGAUCCCCCAUCUUCACCCACUUCAGUGAAACCAUCACUGGGGCAGCUUCUAUCAGAGCUUAUAAAGCAACUACAAGAUUUAAAGAGGAGUCACAGAAAAGAGUGGAUAAAAAUCUGGUCUUCUACUUUGGUGGGAUUGCAUCCAACAGGUGGCUGGCCACUAGGCUGGAGUUCCUUGGUAACAUUGUGGUGCUGGCUGCUGCUAUGUUUGCUGUGGUCUCAGAAGAUAUCAGUGCUAGUUUGGUGGGACUAUCUGUCUCUUAUGCUCUGCAGGUUACUGGUGGGUUGAACUGGAUGGUUAGAAUGACCUCUGACCUAGAAACAAACAUUGUAGCUGUGGAGAGGAUCAAAGGAUACACAGAGACUCCAUCAGAGGCUGCUUGGAUUAACCCAUUUAGGCGGCCACUGGCCAGUUGGCCCCAAGAAGGUGCAGUUAGUUUUAUCAACUACAAGACCAGGUAUCGACCUGGUUUAGAUUUGGUGUUGAAAGGUCUUAACUGCGAGAUCAAAGGUGGCGAAAAGGUGGGUAUUGUCGGCAGAACAGGAGCUGGAAAAUCUUCAAUGACAGUUGCGUUGUUCCGCUUGAUUGAAGCUGCCAGUGGUAGCAUUGUGAUAGACAACACCAGCAUUAGUGACAUAGGGCUGCAUGACCUCAGGUCAAAGAUCACCAUUUUACCACAGGAUCCUGUAUUAUUUUCUGGCACACUGCGCAUGAACCUUGACCCCUUUGAUUCCUACUCUGAUGCCAUGAUAUGGCAGGCUCUUGAACACGCUCACCUGAAAACAUUUGUGGAGGAAGUUUCAGGUGGAUUGUCUUAUGAAUGUGGAGAAGGGGGACAAAACUUAAGUGUGGGCCAAAGGCAGCUUGUUUGUCUAGCCAGAUCUCUACUUCGUAAAACCAAAAUUUUAGUGCUGGAUGAAGCUACUGCAGCUGUUGAUAUGGAAACUGAUGACCUUAUACAGAAGACAAUUAGGACAGAGUUCAAGGACUGCACUGUGCUAACCAUUGCCCAUAGACUCAACACUAUCAUGGACUAUGACAGGAUCAUGGUGCUAGACCAAGGUGAGAUAAAAGAAAUGGAUUCACCAACCAACCUGCUAGAGAACAAAAGUUCUUUGUUUUAUGGAAUGGCUAAAGAUGCCAAUCUUGUUUAAUUGUAUACAGGGUAUAGGAAAUG